GCCGCCCCCUCCCCAUGCAGCCCGGCCCGCCGCGGGGAGCCCUCCCCGGGGGGAUGUUUCCGCGGCCGCCGCCGGGAUAAGCGGCGCCCGUCCGCCCCCGCCUCGGACGGAGGAUGCUGCCCGCGCCGCGCCGGGCUCCGACUCGGGCAGCGGCGGCCGACAACCGCUCCUCGGCUCCGGGCAGCGUCGCCGGGGAGAGAUGACUUCAAGGCACCAGGCGGACUGGAUCCCCUACAGUGUUCUGGAUGAUGAGGGGAGCAACCUGCGUCAGCAGAAGCUUGACAGACAGCGAGCAUUGCUAGAACAGAAGCAGAAAAAAAAGCGCCAGGAGCCAUUAAUGGUUCAGUCCAAUGUGGACAGUCGCACAAGAACACGUAGAACGAAACAUUCGGAAGAGCAAGCACCAUUGGUUGAAUCAUAUCUUAACAGCAACAGCAGCACCAUAUACCAUGUACAGGAGGCCGAACAGGAAGAUGUAAAGGUGGUAGUGGAUGCCCAAGCUCCGAAAUCAACUAAAAAAACCAAGGCAGCAUCUGCGAGCUGUCAGACUGGCAGUGCCAGAAAGGAGAAAAAAGGGAAACACAAAGGAAUUGAUGGCCCAGCUGCUUUUCAAGAUGAUGUUCAGAAAGCAGGAAGUCAAGUGCAGAUUCUCACUGUUGGGCAGUCUAGCCAUGAUGAAGAUGAUGGAGAGAAAAUGGCUACUGGCCAACAACAGCCAAGCAAACAGGAUCUUAAAACAGCAAUGCAGAAAAAGGAUCCCCAUGCAAACACAUCCUGGUCCUCUUCCACCUCCCAGUCCAGUCUUGUUGCCCUGGAUCACGCUCCUGGCAUUUCAAGCAGCAUGAAUUUUGAUGAGGAGGAGGAUGAGGAAGAUGCAGACAGCUCUAGCUCUUCCCAGCUAAACAGUAACACCCGGCCUGGUUCUGCCACAAGCAAGAAAUCCAGUAAGGAAGUGGCCUCAGCCCCUAGUCCUUCCACAAAUGAGCCUCUCAUAGAUGUUGAUGACCUGGAGGAAUUUGCUGUAAGACCUGCUCCACAGGGUGCCACCGUCAAAUGCAGAAUCACAAGAGACAAGAAAGGAAUGGAUCGAGGGAUGUACCCUACUUAUUACCUCCACUUGGAAAGGGAGCAUGGUAAAAAGGUGUUUCUGUUAGCUGGAAGGAAACGAAAGAAGAGUAAAACCUCUAAUUACCUCAUCUCCAUAGACCCAACUGACCUGUCUCGAGGUGGAGAGAGUUUUAUUGGAAAACUGAGAUCAAAUCUUAUGGGAACUAAGUUUACAGUUUAUGACAAUGGAGUAAAUCCAAUGAAAACAACAUCAAGCCUGGAGGCGAGUGUCCUGCGUCAGGAGCUAGCUGCUAUUUGUUAUGAAACAAAUGUCCUGGGAUUUAAAGGACCUCGUAAGAUGAGCGUGAUCAUACCAGGAAUGAAUAUGGACCAUGAAAGAGUUUCCAUCAGACCAAGAAAUGAACAUGAGACAUUGCUUGCAAGAUGGCAGAACAAAAACACAGAGAGUGUCAUUGAGCUGCAUAACAAAACUCCUGUCUGGAACGAUGACACCCAGUCCUAUGUUUUAAAUUUCCACGGUCGAGUCACACAGGCCUCAGUGAAAAACUUCCAAAUUAUUCAUGAUAAUGAUCCUGACUAUAUAGUGAUGCAGUUUGGCCGUGUGGCUGAGGACGUGUUCACCAUGGACUACAACUACCCAAUGUGCGCUCUACAAGCCUUUGCUAUUGCCCUUUCAAGUUUUGACAGCAAGCUGGCUUGUGAGUAAAGGGGCACGCGAGAGCAUCCUCUCAGAGGAAGCAGUUUGCCAUAUGAUUCCCAAUUCCUGCUGGUGUCACUUAUGGUCCAUACUAAGGUCAGGGAAAAUGCAGUUGUGGAGGACCACUGGAUUGCUGGAGAGAAAAGGAACCUUCUAAAAAUUCAGGACAUUCAGGAAAUAAUGCUUUCCUUUUUUUUUUUUUUUUUUUUUUCCUGUCAUAUUUUUCUGGAAGUGGCAUCGAGUUUAUGUAAAUAGAAGUUCUAUCUCAUGUUCUUGAUUAUGUUCUGGAGAUGUGCCAUGAUAUACUGUACCGUGGCUCUAGUAGCACCAUUAUAACGGUGUGUCUUUUUUAAGUCCAGAAAGUGCGCUCUCAACAAAUUUCUUUUUACAUUUUAAGAAUUAUUCCAAGGCUGCAAUCGUACCUCAAGGUUGCAUUCCUACAUCGAAUAAUCAGAACUUCAUCCAACAUGAAGUUCAACACUUAGACGUUGCAUUGAGAGACGUGGUUAUUGGUGGUAGGUGGAUGGUUGGACUGGAUGAUCUUGUAGGUCUUUUCCAACCUUGCUGAUUCUAUGAUUCUCUGAAAGAAAGAUCACAAAAAAAAUGCACUUUUUUGAAUUUGCAAGGAUCUCGUGUAGCUUACGGCCAAGUCUGAGGGUUGAAAACCUAUCUGGACUGAACUUGAUGCGUUACUAUUGUACAUGUAGAGAAGGGCAUGAUGAAUUUUAAUUACAGUAGGAGGAAAAGGAGAAGUAGAAAGCACAAAAUAAUGUUGCACAAGUCACUUAAAUUCUAAGCUGUCUUUAUGUUUUAACAUCUAUAUGCUUUUUAAUUUGUUUUAAACGAAAAUGUAUGGGAAGCAGAGAGAAGGAAAAGUUCUAGAUGCCAAUGAAAACAUAACGUACGCUGAAUUUGGCAUGUUGCUUGUUGGGAAUUUAUAGCCUUGUAUUGCUGUGGUGAUUCAAAUGUAUUUUGUAUGAAGUGAUACAAACAGUUGGGUAAAGGCUCUCUGCAGAGAAUCUUAUUCGAAGCAGGCUGUGUAAAGCUGAGGAAGGUAAAUGGAAAUAUUUUAUUAAAUUUGUCUGGCCUUUUGCGAUUUCA